AUGCGUGUGGUAAGGAUAAGUAAGGAGUAUAUGAAGAGGGGGAAUAAGUUAUAUCUAAUAGGAGUGGUUAUGGUGUGUAUUGUAUGCUAUAGUAUGGUAUAUUUACUGACCAUACUCUAUCUUACUAUUACUACACAUAUACCCCUAUCACACCACACACAUGCCACUCUUAUUAUACCCCUAUCAUCCAUUAUCCAUAACCAUACCUAUAACACAUCAUUCCCUAUCCCUACCAGCUAUCCUCAUCUAUUCCCUCCUCUUAUCAUCUAUCCCAUGUUAUCAUCCCUCUACCUGAUGUCAUUAUCUCUUCACAUAUCCACCUCUUAUCACCUGUCUUCUCUUCUCCUCUUCUUUUUUCUUCUCUUCUCUUCUCCUCUCCUCUUAUCAUCUGGUUCCUCUUAUCACCUGUCUUCUCUUCUUUUUUCUUCUUUUUUUUUAUCUUUUCUCUAUUUAUGCUUUUACUGUAAUCGCAUUUUAUUAAUUUUACUAUUAUUCACUAAUAAAAAUUAUUAA